AAAAAAUAUAUCAGAAAAAAAAAUAAAUAAAAAUAAAUAAAGUAAAAUAAAUAAAUGAAUUUAAAUAAAAAUAAAUGUGGUGAAGGGGUCAGAGAUCAAGUGUGUGGAAGGGUAUGUGUUGUAUAUAAGCGUAUUUUGAGGAAGAUGAGGAGGAGGAUGCUGAGAAGGGAGGGAGGAGAGGAGAGGAGAGGAGAGGAGAGAGGAUGGAGAGAGAGAGUAGGGACCCGGAUGCUGAUGCUGAGUGAGACGAAGGGAAGGGAAGAGGAGAGAGAAAAUAUCGAUUUACGGCAAGAAAACCGAAGGGAGGAUAAUACAGGGGGGCCUCUAAACCCUCCUGCGAGAUCAGAAGAGACGAGAGGGAAUAAGACAUAAUACAUCUGUGUGUGUUUUGGUACCUGCCGGUGAGGGAUGAGAGGAGGAGGACACGCCAAGAAGAUGCUGUGAUCCUUGAUGCUACUUGCAGUGAUGUAGAGAGAGAGAGGAGGAGAGAGGAGACAGGGAGGGGGACGCUAGAAGGAUGCUUGUUUUGCUCGGAGUUUCACCUCGACAUAUUGCGAGUAUGCCGUCCGAUAAAUCUUUCUGUUUGGCCAGAAACUUCCGGAGAUGUCGGUUUUUUUGACAGCGUUUUUUGGUCCAGAGAGCUGAGAGCUACAGCUAGCCUCGCUGCUGUCUGUGUGCUGGCGGCGAGGCUACUACAUAUAUAGCAUGUUGUACCUGUAAAAACAGGCCUGACAGAGAGGAGAGAACUGAUUCAUUCUCACUGCUAACAACCACUAGGACGUGUUUAACGUUUUGUUUGUAGUCUCAACCAGCAAAAAGCAAUUAAACUGCGAGAAACACGGUUGUUUUUUUUAAGCUAGCGAUCAUUUUUCUUAUUAAACCGUCAUAGUUAACGUCAUGACGUCAUAGGUAACGUCAUACAUGUAUAGUUAUACCAAUAAGCUAAUGUACAGGUUUGCCUAUACUGUUGUCAUGUUAAUCUUUAGGGUAGUGGUCAGUAUUUAACACAUAAAAAACAGUAAUUUACUGUCAUCUCUCUGCUUUAAUCUACUGUUUUUUUGUUAAAUAUCAAGAACAAAAAUAUUUAACCAGGUUUAGAUGUUCAUUUGUCAUCCAGAUGUUGUGCAUUUUUUUUUUUUUUACACCCAGUUUGCCUACCUUGUCAUGUUUAUCUUUAGGGUAGUGGUCAGUAUUUAACACAUAAAAACAGUAACUUACUGUCAUCUCUCUGCUUUAAUCUACUGUUUUUUGUUAAAUAUCAAGAACAAAAAUAUUUAACCAUUAGAUGAAUAAUGUUCAUUUAUCAUCCAGAUGUUGUGCUUUUUUUUUUUUUUUUUUUUUACACCCAGUAACUUCAGGGUAGCAGUGUUAUCACUGAAAUAAAAUAUCUUCUAAGUUGAGCACCAUCACCAUCUUGUAUCAAACAGUAUAACUGUAUAAGCUGUAUAAUAAUCACAGUGUUUUCAAUAACCACUGUGCGGUAGUAGUAGUUGUAGUAGUAGUAGUAGUAUUAGCCUCCAGUAAGAGCAGUAUGAGUAAGGAACUGUCUCUAAGUCAGUCAGCUCAAUAUGUUGGGCCAUACCGACUGGAAAAAACACUUGGGAAGGGACAGACAGGACUGGUCAAGCUCGGGGUCCACUGUAUUACGGGUCAGAAGGUAGCGAUCAAAAUAGUCAACAGAGAGAAGCUGUCUGAGUCAGUCCUGAUGAAGGUUGAGAGGGAGAUUGCCAUUCUGAAACUGAUCGAGCAUCCGCAUGUGUUGAAGCUGCAUGAUGUUUACGAGAAUAACAAAUACCUGUACCUGGUGUUGGAGCAUGUGUCGGGAGGAGAGCUGUUCGACUACCUGGUGAAGAAGGGCCGGCUGACUCCGAAAGAGGCCAGGAAGUUCUUCAGGCAGAUCAUCUCUGCUUUGGAUUUCUGCCACAGUCAUUCCAUCUGUCACAGAGACCUGAAGCCUGAGAAUUUGCUCCUGGAUGAAAAGAACAACAUCCGCAUCGCUGACUUUGGCAUGGCGUCCCUACAGGUGGGAGACAGUCUGUUAGAGACCAGCUGUGGAUCACCACAUUAUGCUUGCCCCGAAGUUAUACGGGGAGAGAAAUAUGACGGGCGGAGAGCAGACGUGUGGAGCUGUGGGGUCAUCCUCUUUGCUCUACUGGUGGGUGCGCUGCCCUUUGACCACGACAAUUUACGCCAGCUCCUGGAGAAGGUGAAAAGCGGGGUGUUCCACAUGCCCCACUUCAUCCCCCCGGACUGCCAGUCCCUGCUCAAGGGCAUGAUUGAGGUCAACCCUGAAAAGAGGCUCACGCUAGAGGCCAUCCAGAAACACGCCUGGUAUCUGGGUGGUCGUAAUGAGCCGUGUCCUGAGCAGCCUCCUCCCAGGCGAGUGUGCGUGAGGCGAAUCCUGUCCCUGACUGAGCUGGACCCAGAUGUGUUGGACAGCAUGCACUCUCUGGGUUGUUUCCGAGACCGAGGCAAGCUCACACGUGAUCUGCAAUGUGAAGAAGAAAACCAGGAGAAGAUGAUCUAUUACCUGCUGCUGGACAGGAAAGAGCGCUACCCCAGCUAUGAGGACGAGGACUUGCCUCCGCGCAAUGACGUAGGUCAGUCAUUAGGGGGCAGGAGGGAUCCACUCAAGGGAGGGAGCUGCUUUUCUCAGCCUCAGUUCCCGGGAAGCAUUUGUACCACAGUCUGUGAAUACACAGCAGACCCUCCUCGAAAGCGUGUUGACUCUCCUAUGCUGACGCGCCACGGCCGCUGUCGCCCCGAGAGGAAAAGCCUGGAGGUUCUGAGUGUUACUGAACAGGGGUCUCCUACCCCGCCUCGCAGGGCCCUGGACACAGCUGCACACAGCCAGAGGUCUCGCUCAGUCAGUGGAGCGUCAACUGGCCUCUCCUCCAGCCCUCUCAGCAGUCCCAGGGUAACCCCCCAAGGCUCUCCGUUGCCCACACCCUUGGGCACCCCUGUCCACCACCCUCACCACCCUUCCUCCACCCCGCCCUCCUCUUCCUCGUCCUCAUCCUCCUCGCGGGCGGAGGGAGGGGGAGGGGUGGGCUCGCUGUCACUGACGCCGCCCUCCAGCCCAGGAGGGGGAAGCGGCAUGGCGGCAAGCAGCUCGGCCCACUGGAGGACUCGCCUCAAUUCUUUCAAGAACAACCUGCUGGGCUCGCCGCGUUUCCAUCGCCGCAAGCUGCAAGUUCCCACAUCAGAAGACAUGUCCAGUCUAACACCAGAAUCCAGCCCUGAGCUGGCUAAGAAGUCGUGGUUCGGGAACUUCAUCGGCUUGGAGAAGGAGGAGCAGAUCUUUGUGGUGAUCAGAGACAAACCUCUGAGUUCUGUCAAAGCCGACAUUGUCCACGCCUUCCUGUCUAUCCCAUCGCUCAGUCACAGCGUUCUCUCUCAGACCAGCUUUCGGGCCGAAUACAAGUCCUCCGGCGGCCCCUCCGUCUUCCAGAAGCCCGUCAAGUUCCAGGUGGACAUUGCUUUCUCCGAAGGCGAGAGGGAGCGAGACAGGGAGAGGACCGAGAGGGAGGGCAGGAGGGAGACGGGAAUCUACAGCGUGACGUUCACCCUCAUUUCAGGUCCGAGUCGCAGGUUCAGACGAGUGGUGGAAACGAUUCAAGCCCAGCUUCUAAGCUCCCAUGAUCAACCCAUGGCGCAAGCCCUAUCUGAUCCCUUCCCAGAUGAGAAGAACGGCCGGCCUCACGGGACCCCCACCCGACAAAACUCGAGGCGUUCCGAGGGUGGGGGCGACAGGUGCGAGUGGGGCGACCGGGCAGACGGUGGAGGCAUAGGCGGAAGCGGGGGAGUCCUGCAGCGCAGAGGCUCGGCAAAAGAGAGAACCCGACUGCUGUCCUCCAACGGAACCCAAUCCCAACCGUAGGAUAGAAAGCGAGACCACGCAGCGGGAUGCCUGAACUACACCGGAAAGAAAACAGUGUAACUUCAUCUCCAAGUAUCCCUGCAAGCCAUGAGCUACUCCUAUUCUUCCUUGACAAAGUUAUUGAAGGUGCUUGACCUUAGCAAGGAUUGAGCCUUUUCCCCCUCGUCAUGCUUUUUUUUCCCGUCAUUCUUUUGAUCUUCUAGAUCACCAGGAUUCCUACCCUUAAAUGAGAACCAAGUGUUAAGGAAUCACCCUUUAAUGAAAAAAAUAUAACAUGUGAAUGAGCAGUUUUGGUACCCAUCAUAGAUACAGCUUCACAGAUCAAACUAGGAAUUUUGAAGUGCUAAUGUGCAUGCCAGUUAGCAAAUCAGCCUGCUAAAGGAUGCUGAAAUGAUCAGAUAGGCUAGUCUACCAUAUCAUUGUAAUACAGUACCUGACACCAAAAAGAAACUUAUGACGGUUCUCAAGAUUACUCUUAAAAUUAACCAGUGCGCUCAUGUCAUUAUCAAGCAAACAUGGAAUUACCAGUCCACACUGAAAGAAAUAUAGAUGUAUCUCAGCAGAUGAACCCUAAGAGUUAGCAACCUGCUCCCACUUCAGUGAGCUGAUUUUCUGAGGAGAAACUACAUCCUGGAAUUCCAGCAGUGUCUUCUCCUGAGGUAAAGAAAACCAACAAAGUAAGCUAAGUAAGUGAAUGUGAAAAAAAAAUAUUUUUUUAUUUAUUUAUUGUUUACAUAUUUCUUUUUGAGGAUGUCAGUAGCACAGUGAUGGCAGUAAAGACGGGGACUGAAAACACUCGGUGUCGGAGAGGGGAAGCUGACCAGUUGCUUUUUAGAAAGUUAAAUGUUUUGAUUCUUUUGUAUUUUCUUUUUACUCAGAGACAAUAUGAAACAAUGCACCUAAGAUUUUCGCGUUGGACCCCUGUUGCUCUGAAGAAAAGUAUUUUUUGAGUUGAACAGAAAUAUGAACAUUACUAUAUGAAAAAAAAAAAAAGAACACUAUGCGUGAAUAGUUCCAUGAACCUCAUCACAGCUGUUUGUGCCCAGAUUGAAUGAGAAGAGCAUUCCCGUCCUGUGUGGAUCAAACAGAAGCCACCUUUUCUUGUCGAGCUUGUCUCCUAUCGCCAUAGUAUUCAUGUACUGACUCAGAACAAAAUAAAACAACAAAAAAAAGGAAAUUUAUCAAUGGACAUUUUCAUAAUGCCGGACUUAAAAAGGCUUGCGAUGUCACUUCCUUGUUGAACAGGACUUCAAAAUGGGAAGCAAGCAAAGAGUCUCCUAACCCAAACGCUCCUCACUUCAGUGUUCACCAACAAGCCAAGUAGUCCAUCACCGCGCCCACGCUCAUCACCAGAGAGUCGCACCAUUCUGCAAGCAGACGUAGCAGCUCGGACAGUCAUGUAUUACUCCAGCACUCUUAUCAGACUAGUCGAUGUUUUUCACCAGUCUUCCAUACGGCACAAUAUGCAACAAAAGUGCAGAAUGUUUUCAGAGAGAUACACAGUGCUACAGUUCUGUUGAUUUAAAUGGCAUUUUUUUUUUGGUUGUUGUUUUUUUAUAUUUGUCCACUUUCCUUGCCAUCUAUUUAUUUAUAUUUAUUUAUUUAUUUAUGUGGUUGUUUGUGUCAUGGUAUUUGUUUACAAACUAGAUUUUAUGCCAACAAAAAUAUAUCAUAAGCUAAUUCAAGAAACCUGUUCUAUUUAAGUUCUCAUUAUCACUCUGUUUUUGAGCGCUUCUUUCCAAGAAGACUUCGAUAGCAGUGCAGUUACUUACUACAUCUUUGUUUAUAUCUCUUUUAUUGCGCUUAUCUCUGGUACCGUGUGUGUGUGUGAAAUGGGUGGAUGGUGGCUGAGUGAGCGUGAAAACUUGCAUUUUGAGCUGAUCACGUGCAGAGAUUUCGACUGACCCAGGAAUAUUACAUUAACCAACAUAGCCAAACCCCUAACAGGCACAUACUUUCUCUCUCACACACAUUAAAUGCUUGCUAAUUCACUUCAUCUCUUGGUUUUAUGCCUCGUCCCUUUUGACCUGUCCGUCUGCCUCUUCACCUGUUGUGUAGCCAUCAUCACAAGAGAAACUGUACAGAGUUGUUUGCCUCACUUGUCCGUACACACUCUUUGAUUGCUCACCAUCACCAGUUUCAUCACGUCACCUUCACUCUCAUUGACCCAACUCUGGCUAAGAUUGUAAACUAUUCUCCAUUCAUAAGGGUCAGUAGAAUAAGGUGUUUAAAAAAAAAAGAAAUGUCUGUAUCAUAAUUUAAAUAUAAAAAGUGCACUAUUAUAACUAUUGCCUGUGAUAAAAAGAACAAUUAUGAUUGAAUUGAUGGUCAAAAUAAAGAGAGAUCCACCUUAUUGUUAUGGUUACAAUAAUAAACCCUAAAUUCAUGUG